CUUAAGUGGUAUUGCUAUAUAGUAUAGGCAUUUGGCAUUAGCAGUUGUUUGUUUUUUACGGUCAGAUAUUUUAAAUUUUUUUUUUUAUCUAAUUUUUAUUCUGUAUUUAAAAAUCUGUAUUUGACAACUUAGAAACAAUGUACGGUAUAGAUAAUACUUCCCUUUAACCAUCUAGUAAUUAUUAAUUUCGAUUGUUAUUAAUUUAUGUAAAAGACUUAAAAUACGUCGUUUAUCAAACUAUUUUUACUGUUUUAUUAAUUAGUAACAAAAUAGUUAUCUUAAAUGAUAUUCUCUGUGAAAGGAAAUGUUUUAUUUUAAUAAACGUUUUCGGUGAGACCAAUGUAUUUUCAUUAUAAUGUCAAAACAAGGAAAAAGAAAAAUUACUGUGGAGUUACCGAAAACGAAAGACUUAUCUAACAGACCUAGUGUGUUUGAACGUCUCGGUACAAAAAAAUCUAGUGCCAAGAAAGCAACGGAAUAUUGUAGGCAGUGGGCUCAACACGGCAGUUGUGCGUACGGAAAAAAUUGCAAGUUCGCAACCACGCACACUUUAAUAAGUCCUUCAAAACAACGUGCGGCAAACAAAGAUAGUGAGCAAAAACGGUUAGCAAAAGAUGAUGGUAAAAACCGCCUUCACUCUACUGUAGUUGUUAGAUCUGGCCGUAGUCCUGAUGGCGAAAUUGACAACUGGGAUCAAAAUGACCUAGAAUAUGCGGAUACAGAUGUUCUUGAAAAGAGAAGACAACAGCUACAACGUGAAUUAGAAUUACAAUUGAAAAUGGACUCGACAAAGGAUAUGCGUAAAGACAAAAAGAAAGCAGUAUCAAGUUCAUCUUCAUCUAGGAGCUCUAGCUCAUCCAGUGUCUCAUCAUCCUCGUCAGAUGGCAGUACUUCGUCCUCUUCAUCUGGAAGAGAUGCUAAACGAAGAUUUAAAAAAGGUAAGUUAAAAAGAAACUCAAGUUCAUCUUCCGAGUGUGAUAUUCCUACUAAAAAGAAGCUACUUAAAAAUGAUAAUCUCAAAAGGGAUAAAAGUGAAUCUAAAAAAGUAAAUGUAAAGAAAGAUGACAGAUUAUUAAAAAAACAUGAAGCUAAUAAAAAGAAAAAUCUUUCUAAGGCUAUUGGUAAGAAGUCUUUAUCUCCGGGUAAAAAAUCUGGAGGGACACCUCCAAUAACUUUAAAAAGUGUGACUACAAAGAAUACUUCUAAACAUGUUAAAUCUCCACAAAGGAAAGACAGAAAUAGAAGUGCUUCACUUCAUUCUGUUAGAGAAAGGGACAAGGAAAAGGACCGCUCAAAAGAUAAGGAAAGAGACAAAGACAAGGAGAAAGAUCGAGAUAAAGAUAGAGACCGAGUGAGAGUACGUAGUCGAUCACCUAAAAAGGGACGAUCCAGGUCCCCCCGUAGACAUGGUUCUAAUCCGAAAGAUCCAAGAAGGAAAGAAAGUUCUGAAAGAAGUAGACCUGUGUCACCCAAAAAACAAAUAAGAAGAGAUGGUAGUCCUGAAAGACAUAGAAAACGAUCAUUAAGCAGAGAUAGAGAUAGGGGUCGCGAUCAUAAAGAUAGAUCUUUAGAAAGAAAGAAAGAUAAACAUGAUGAAAAAGAUAGGCAUGAUAGGAAAGAUAGGGGACGUGACAGAAACAAAGAUAAUAAAAGAGAUGAUUCAAAAAGAAGAGGCCGUGAGCGCGGCCUAGGUGGUGGCAGAGGUGACAAAGGGUUAGAAAAACCAAACAAACCUAUGCAAAGAUUGCUUCCGCGACCAGAAGAACGCUUAGCUGCACUAGCAGCGAUUUCAAAUAGAGCUUUGGAACCAGAUAAAAACUCAAGUAAUUCAAAGGAUCGUCAAGAUUCACAUUCUGAAAGGGUCGGUCGCAAACAGGAUAGACUUGAACGCGAUCGAUCUAAUAAGCGAGAAAGGAUGGAUAGUAUAGAUAGGGAGCAGGGAGAUUAUGAAAUUGGUAUGGAUCAAUAUGAUCAUGGUCAUAAUAUUGAACAUUAUGAUAGAUUAGAUGAUCGUUAUGAAGGUGUUGCCAGAGAGGGUGACAGGUCGCCUGGUUAUAAUAUGCAAGGUAGAGAUAGACAUUAUGAUACAGGAUAUGAUAUGCCUGGUCCACCAAGAGGAUACCCAGAAGAUGACGAUAGGAUGUUUGGAGAAUCAAUGGGUGAUCCUCGAGGUGUUGAAUUAGGUUAUGAUGACCGUCGCCCCCACCGUGACCAUUCCUGGGAAGGACGAUCAGGGUCGAUGGAGCGUGAACGUAACUAUAUGCAUUCUCAUAAAGAUUGGGACAAUGAUGAUUACAGAGCUCCUGGAGAUUGGGGUCGUGAACGUCACUGGCCUUUACAUGAGCCACAGAUGAAUGAAUGGGGUGACAAAGAACAAGAGGUCGAAGGCUGGCAUCACCGCGGUCAUCCAUCUGGGCCUCACCGCGGUCGAAUGCAUGACGAUUAUAAUCGAGGAGGGAGAAUGGAUCACGGAAGAAAUGAAGGUAUUAAAAGACGCGCACCAAGAAAUGAAACAGAAACUACAAAAGAAUUAGUCGCGCCUUCUACACAAACAACUGCUACUGCUCCACCAGAGGAACAGGAAGCCGAUGAUAAACCUAUCCCUGAUGAUCUUAGUGAGAUAAGUGAUGAUCCAGAUGACAUACUCGAAAGAGAAGACAUGGCAGACCAAAAUAUGGAUGAAAGUAGUCAAACUGAACAGCCUCUUGAAGAAGCCAUUUCGAAACCAGAAUGUUCAGAAAAAGAAUCAACUCAGGACACCAGUGGUGCGGGUGAAGAAAAAGAAUCACAAGAAAGCAAAGAUGAAGAGGAUGUUACUAAUUUAGAUUUUGAAGAAAUAUCUGAUGGUGAAUUAGAAGAAGAACGAACACGAGCUGGUUUAGGCGACGCUCUUGGAGUAGAUUGGGCGAGUCUCGUGGCCGACGUUCAUCGACGUGAACAAACCGCUCCUGUUGGAGGUGUGAGAGACAGGUGGAAGCCAGAAUGUGUAUUGUCAAGACUUGGUCUCUCUAUUGACAUGGCUGGCAAAGACACAGUACAAAAUAUAAUAAAGCAAAAUGCAAAAUCUAUUCAAUCAGAUAAAAAGACAUCAGAUAAUGAUGAUAAGUCUAAUUUAAUAAAUGGACAACAUGAAGAGAAAGAAUUAGAAAAACCUGAUAUUUCUUGUAUAGAUGUUGACAAAUUGCAUCCAGUCGCUGCUAUUCAGGUAGCUGUAGAAAAAAGGAAACGUCAACGAGCUGUUUUAUUUGGCUCAGGGUGUGAAAUAACGCGAGGUUUAAGUGCAAGACGUGAUUUAGCACUACGUCGGUAUCUUUGUCAUUUGCCAGUUGCAGAGCGAACUGGCCAGUCACGUGUAGCUCCACAGCCUUCCCUAUUCCAUGCAGCCCGUGCUAUAUUCAUACAAGCUCCUGUAACAGGCUGACAAAGACUUGGUCACAAACAUUAUAUCCAUAAGUGAAUCUCGUGGACUUGCAAAGCAAAAUGUGUUUUGAAAUGAAAAAAAUGGACAUUUUCUUCUCAUUUUAUAAUUCAAUUGAGUUAACUAUAAGUUUCACUAUAUUGAAUAUUUUAAUUGUAAGAAAAUAGCAUCUAUGAAAUAUAAGGAUUUUUAUUUUAGUUUCUUAGUUUAUAAUAAACAUUUUUAUGUAAGUUAAAAUAAAGUUACUCAGAGAAUA